UGCCUGCAUAUGGUGACGUUUCCUAUAGACCGGAAGUUGCUGGGUUCUACCGUCUGGUUGCGGAUUCCGUGCGGUUCUGUUUAGAAUCUGGUCGUGGUUUCCAAGAACUGAAACCAGGGGAGGCGAAGUGGAGGCGCCGUCCCGUAGGGGGCGGAAGGUACAGCUCUAAUCGACCGACAGGAUACCCGGAGAAGGGGCUCGUUCUACGAAGGGUGAGGGUGUGUAACUGACAACCGCCAAAAUGGUUUUGGCAGACCUCGGACGGAAGAUCACCUCGGCUCUGCGCUCUUUGAGCAAUGCCACAAUCAUUAAUGAAGAGGUGCUAGGUGCUAUGCUGAAAGAAGUAUGCACGGCCUUACUGGAAGCAGAUGUCAACAUCAAGCUUGUAAAGCAGCUAAGAGAAAAUGUCAAGUCUGCCAUCGAUUUGGAAGAAAUGGCAUCUGGCCUCAAUAAGAGGAAGAUGAUACAGCACGCUGUUUUUAAGGAACUGGUCAAGCUGGUAGAUCCUGGAGUAAAAGCAUGGACACCCACCAAAGGAAAACCAAAUGUUAUCAUGUUUGUAGGAUUGCAAGGAAGUGGAAAGACGACAACUUGUUCAAAGCUGGCAUAUUACUAUCAGAGAAAAGGGUGGAAGACUUGCUUGAUAUGUGCAGAUACAUUCAGAGCAGGCGCCUUUGAUCAGCUGAAACAGAACGCUACAAAAGCCAGAAUCCCUUUCUAUGGCAGUUAUACAGAGAUGGACCCAGUAAACAUUGCUUACGAAGGUGUGGAGAAGUUCAAAAAUGAAAACUUUGAAAUUAUUAUUGUGGACACAAGUGGUCGACACAAGCAAGAAGAUUCUCUCUUUGAAGAAAUGCUUCAAGUUUCUAAUGCCAUACAACCAGAUAACAUUGUGUACGUUAUGGACGCCUCAAUCGGACAGGCUUGUGAAUCUCAGGCCAAAGCUUUCAAAGAUAAAGUAGAUGUAGCAUCAGUUAUUGUGACCAAACUGGAUGGUCACGCGAAAGGCGGAGGAGCUCUCAGUGCUGUUGCUGCUACAAAGAGCCCGAUUAUUUUCAUUGGAACUGGAGAACAUAUUGAUGACUUUGAGCCAUUUAAAACACAGCCUUUUAUCAGCAAACUCCUAGGAAUGGGAGAUAUUGAAGGUUUGAUUGAUAAGGUGAAUGAGUUGAAACUGGAUGACAACGAAGCUCUGAUAGAAAAAUUAAAACAUGGUCAGUUCACACUUAGAGACAUGUAUGAACAGUUUCAAAAUAUCAUGAAAAUGGGUCCAUUUAGCCAGAUUUUGGGCAUGAUUCCUGGUUUUGGACAAGAUUUUAUGAGCAAGGGUAAUGAGCAAGAAUCUAUGGCACGACUUAAGAAACUCAUGACGAUAAUGGAUAGCAUGAACGAUCAGGAACUCGAUAACACGGAUGGUGCCAAACUCUUCAGUAAGCAACCCGGGAGAAUUCAGAGAGUGGCCAGAGGAUCGGGAGUGUCUGCAAGAGAUGUACAGGAACUCUUAGCACAAUACACAAAGUUUGCACAAAUGGUCAAGAAAAUGGGUGGCAUCAAAGGACUCUUCAAAGGUGGUGACAUGUCGAAAAAUGUAAAUUCUUCACAAAUGGCCAAACUAAAUCAGCAAAUGGCAAAAAUGAUGGAUCCUAGAGUUUUACAACACAUGGGUGGAAUGGCCGGCCUGCAGUCUAUGAUGAGACAGUUUCAACAGGGAGCAGCUGGGAACAUGAAAGGAAUGAUGGGAUUUAACAACAUGUAGCCAAACCUUUUGCCUUUCUGAUCAGAGGAUCCCUCAAAUAGCAUCUUUGCUAGAAAGGUAGCGGUGUCACUUCUGGAAGGCCAUGAAAUAAAAUGGAGCUGGACGCUAAGAUGCGAUCCUUGUUCGGGGUCAUCCUUGUCAUUUUGUUGGCUUCUUACUUCCACUUCAAAUAAUGACAAGGAAAUCCGAUUUUAAAUUAUAUCGCAAAUUAAUUUAAGUUUUUGAAGAGAUAGAAGAUGUUUAAAAAGACAAUAUUUACAACCAAUGUUAACCUCUUUGUAUACUUCAUCACUGGCAGUUUCCUGGAAAAUUGUCCACUGUAAAAUAAAUUUCUUAAUGGUUGUAGUUUGA